ACAACAUGGCGACGAAGUGUCAUUUAGGAUUUCCUUGCAAACAGUAAAAAGACUAUAAUCAAACAAAUAUAGCCAUGGCAUGCGAAGAUGCUGUCAUUGCAACAAAUGACGAUGCAGCACAGUGUAAAAGAUUUGCUGUCGAGAAGGGCUACUGGACAGAUCCAUACAUAUCACAGAUUAUUCCGAAAGGAUUCAGUACUCACGCACCAGAAAUCAACAGGGGAUAUUUUGCUCGAGUCCGAUCUAUCCAAAUUUUGAUGGAAAAAUUCCUUAAAAGUACUCAGUGCAACUGCCAGAUUGUCAACCUGGGGGCGGGGUUCGACACAACGUACUGGAAGCUGAAGGAUGCAGCACUAUCACCAAAGAGUUUCGUGGAAGUCGACUUCCCCCCGGUUACCUCAAGAAAAUGUCAUUUCAUCAAAACAAAGAAAGCUCUUAUAGAGAAGAUAUCAUCGGAAGAUGAUGAGAUCAUGGUGAGCAAGACGGAGAUGCACGCAGCAGAUUACCACAUCGUGGCGGCCAACCUGAAGAACAUCCCCGAGCUGGAGAAGAAGCUGGUGACGGAGUGCAAGCUGGACAAGGACCUGCCCACACUCUUCCUGGCCGAGUGUGUCCUGGUGUACAUAGAGACGGAACGAUCUCAGCACCUCAUUCGCUGGAUCUCCGACACCUUCAAUACAGCAUUCUUUAUUAAUUAUGAGCAGGUGAACAUGACGGACAGGUUCGGCCAGGUGAUGAUGGACAACCUGAAGACCCGAGAUUGCUACCUCCACGGCGUCUCAGCUUGUGCAAGUCUGGACACUCAGAUGAAGAGGUUUACUUCCAAUGGGUGGACGAGUGCCGACUCCUUAGAAAUAUCCACUGUGUACAACUGUCUUCCACAGGCUGAGAUACAGAGAAUUGAGCGUAUUGAGAUGAUGGACGAGCGGGAGCUGAUGCACCAGCUAUUCAGCCAUUACUGCCUCACCUGGGCCUACCGGGACCUGAAGGACGUGGGCUUGGCGCAGAUCGGCCUCACAUGAACAACAGCUUUCACAGGCUGUCUACCACCAACUCAGAGAAAACAUCAGUCUCAGUAUAAUCCGAUCUUCACUCCGACAUGCCACCUUUCUGCAUGAAGAUCUCAAGACACCUUCACAGCAUGUCGCAUAGGGUGAACUUUCUAAUCAGAAUCAGAGGCUUCUAAAUUCUCAGUAUAAAUUAGCAAAAUAUUUAGACCAGCAUUCCGAUUUCUGGAUCUUGAAAACAAAAUUAACCAGUCUGUUCCAAAUGAAAAUGAAAAGCACGUAAUAUAUUGUUGCUGAUGUGUUUUGCACUCGGCUGUUUCUGAAAGCCAUGGCAUCUACACCCAAAAGGGAGUACAUCAAAGAAUAUUUGUGUUCCGUGUUUCUAGUGUUAAAAUUUAAAUAUCAAAAUCAAGGUGAGAAAGAAAUGAAGCUGAAAUUGUUUUCAAAAGCUGACAUCUGAUUGACUCAAGAACACAUGCAUCCUUCAUUUAGACUGGUCAGUCCAAGUUCGACCCUGGUUCACUCUCUGUGUAGGUGAGCUCAAAUCUUCACGCAGAGAGAUGUCCUAUCAGCAUGAAAGUCCUGAUUAUAAUGAGAUUAAGAAACCGUUUAUGUGUUCCAAACCACAAUACAACAGUACCUUGUGUGUGACAAUAUUUAUUUUCAAAAUAUUUACACUGCAGAUGACGGAAUACAUGAACCAGAGAAAUUACACUGAACACAAUUUCAGAGUUCUAACUCUACUGUACUAGUAUGUAUAUCUUUUGAUAUAUUUGGGGGAAAAAUUGAACAAGUCAUAUCAGUUAUUGAUUAUUAUUGAAGGACUAUUUCUUGCCUGCCUUCCGAGCAUUAUGUUGAAGCUGACAACGGGUUUCAGCUUAUAGUUUGUAUUUCAGUGUUGUGUGAUGUUGUUAUUGACACACUGUAGAGUGUGGAGCCGUGUGAAGGCUGGCGGUAUGUUAUCAGGGGCAGGAUCCUGGUCCAGAAAGUCACCUUAGCACUAAAACUAUCAUAAAUCUAUGUUAAAGAAUAAAAGUUAUGACCGUCUUAGCGCUACCACUACUGUAAAUCUAUGUUAAAACAUGGGAGAUCUGACAGUUAUGACAAUCUAAGUGCUAAGACUGCUCUAAUUGUUAGACAGUUGGAGAUCUGACUGUUAUUAAAAUCUAAGUGCUAAGACUACUAUAAUUGUUAGAUACUAGUAAUGGAAAUUCAGAGUCUUGGCUUGACGAAUAUCAUAAAUCUAGUGCUACAACUAUUGUAAACUUAUGUUAAAGGAUCCAAGUUACGACCGUCUUAGCGCGGCGACUCUUGUAAAUCUGUGUGAGAUGAAGGACAUUACCACAGUCUUGGGAACCAAGAUCAGUUUGUGGAACGGGUCAGGGAAGAAGCAGCUUGUGUGAUUCUGUGUUCAAUAUUUAAAUAUUUAGAUUUAGAUCCCCUCCGUAUGAACCAGUAAACAAGUUGAUAGGUUUUAUAUAACUGCAAUUCUUACACAUAUAUCAGUCAGUCAGGAUCCAGUCUCACAAAGUCGUCUUAGCACCACAAUUGUGUAUAAGUAUCUGAGUUACAACAGUCAUAGCACUAAGAUCAGUUUGUGAAGUGCCCCCAAUGUUACAUUACAGAUUAUUGCCCAUGACUAACAAAAUCUAUUUCUCAUUCCUGUAUAUAUCAUUGACAACAAAAUUAUUUAUUCUGAAUUUUAAAAAAUUAUUUUGAUGAAAUUCAAAUUGUGACAGAUGCUACAAAAUUUGCCAUUUAGUUAACUGUCAGGCUAAUAAUGUAAUUACAUUUUCUCACUGGAAUCAAACCGUUAUUUCUCACAUGGAUUUAUAAGUGUGUCUCUAUGUAAAGAGAGAAUAAUAUUCAGAGCUGAUAGGUAUUCUGAAGAUUGAAUAUUCCCGGAAUAUUUUUAUACACAGAUAUAUUUCAACUCUUGGAAAAUAUAUACAUGAUAAACUGACUACUUCCAUCCAUCACUCGUGAUGCUGAUCACAGAAGGCGUGUGCAUGAUUGAGUGUACUUGUGAAUACAAUACAAACAUGCAGAAUUUCUUAAAAAGAAAUCACAAUAAAUAUUAAAUACUGUAUUCGACGUAAUAAGCGCCCCGCUCUAAUAAGCGCCCACGGCGAUAUUUGCUAAUAUACUGGCUAUUGAACAAUCCCAAUUAGCACCCCUUCCGAUUGAUGAAUG